UUUCCUCGUCUCUAAAAUGACAGUUUCAUCAAAUAAUCACUCCUCUUGAUUUUUUUCGGAACCUUGGAGAUAUUUUUUAAAUUCCUCAAAAUGCUUCCAUUUGAGGAAAAUAGAAAUGAUAGAGCUAAAGAAUUCGGUGGUAUCAGACGACGAAGAACUGGAGUAUAUAAGAUGGAAGACUUAGGAAAAUCACCAUCUGGACCUUCAGAUUCAUUGAAAUUCGAACAAAAGUUCCUGAAUUUUCCCUCAAUAGGCAAGAGAAAAAUAUCUGAGGAUGUUUUACCACCUGGUAUACAAGGAUCGUUCAGGCAAAAAUCGGAGAAAAACACAUAUGAUUCUACUUUAACACUCAGUGGAUAUGCCAAAGUUAUGACGCAGUCAAUCGGUAAUAUAGGGAAUAUAUUGUCAAAAAAGAUGGCUGCUACGUCCUCGCAACCGUCAAUUCCUUGGCCAAAUACAAAGGAUGAUUAUGAACUAGGAAAAGUAAUAGGUGUUGGGGCUACAGCAGUAGUACAUGGUGCUUUUUGUAAAUCAAGAGGGGAAAAAUGUGCUAUCAAGAGAAUAAACUUGGAAAAAUGGAACACCUCUAUGGACGAACUUCUAAAAGAAAUUCAAGCCAUGUCAAGCUGCAACCAUGAAAAUGUUGUAACUUAUUAUACAAGUUUUGUGGUUAGAGAAGAAUUAUGGCUUGUAUUGCGAUUGCUUGAAGGUGGAAGUUUACUUGAUAUCAUAAAGCAUAAAAUGCGGGCUAGUAAUUGUAAACAUGGUGUGUUUGAUGAAGCUACUAUUGCCACUGUAUUGAGGGAAGUUCUUAAAGGAUUGGAAUAUUUUCAUAGCAAUGGUCAAAUUCAUAGGGAUAUAAAGGCUGGAAAUAUUUUACUUGGAGAAGAAGGUACUGUUCAAAUUGCUGAUUUUGGAGUUUCUGCUUGGCUAGCUACAGGCAGGGAUUUAUCUAGACAGAAAGUGAGGCAUACUUUUGUUGGAACACCAUGUUGGAUGGCACCUGAAGUAAUGGAGCAGGAUCAUGGGUAUGAUUUUAAAGCAGAUAUUUGGUCAUUCGGUAUUACUGCAAUUGAAAUGGCUACAGGAACAGCGCCUUAUCACAAGUAUCCUCCGAUGAAAGUGCUAAUGUUAACAUUACAGAAUGAUCCCCCAAAUCUAGAUACAGGAGCAGAGGAUAAAGAUUGCUACAAGGCAUAUGGUAAGACUUUUAGGAAAAUGAUAACUGAUUGUUUACAAAAAGAACCUGCUAAAAGACCAACAGCUUCUGAAUUAGUGAAACAUCCAUUUUUCAAAAAGGCCAAGGACAAACGGUAUUUGCAACAGACUCUAGUCGCAAUCGGCCCCAGCCUUGAAACAAGAGUACAGAAGGCUUCAAAAAGACAACCAGGAGCUUCAGGGCGCCUACAUCGGAAAGAAACUGGGGAAUGGGUUUGGUCUAGUGAAGAUGAAGGAGAUGAUGGAGGUUCUAGUGAAAGCGAUACAGAUUCUAAACCAAUGAACACUUUGGCUUCCAUUGGAUCCUCAGGAUCCGAUCAUGAAGGUAGUGAAGGAGAUUCCCCACCUGUUAAUCUGGUCCUGAGAAUGAGGAAUAACAAAAGGGAACUGAAUGAUAUACGUUUUGAAUUCACUGUUGGCAAAGAUACAGCUGAGGGGAUUGCGACUGAGCUUGUUGGUGCUGGUUUGGUAGACCCUAGGGACAUCGUGAGCAUAACAGAAAAUCUACACAAACUUAUCGAUAAUAGAGACGCGUUGAAAGUUGUAACAUUUCCAUUGCCAUCUUCUCAGAGUUCCUGUGAGCAGCCGGAUCACAAAUCUUUAAUAGGAUAUGCGCAGAUUUCAAUUACUGAUUGAUAAGAACUGUCUGACGUUUCUUCUUUGUCGACAUACGCUGAAAUUAGUCUGUUUGCAAUGACCUGUUAAGGUCUCGUUCAUUGAUUUAGACAUCAUCUGAUCCUCUUUCAUUCCUUAUCAGAAAUAUAUAGAGGAUAGACUGAAAAAAAAUGCGGUUUUUGUUCCUGUUUCGUCGUAAUUCCUCACAAAAUUCGUCGAAAAUAAUCAGUUUGAAAUUUGGGUAUAUUUUAUCCUGUCAACAAAGAAAGGACAAAACAUAUCAUAUGUUUAUUUCCUCUGCUAAUAAUUAAUUUCAGUAAAGAUCGGAAAUAAUUUGUGUAUUGAAGCUUAUCAAUUCUAUUGGAAGGUGAUGUCACCGCAGUGAUGGAUUUACAUUAGGAGAAAAGUUGUUCCUUAUAUCUAUUAUGCGAUAAGUUCUUGUUAUGCUCUGUAUAUUGGAAAUCUACUGAUCAGUGUAAAUUAAUGUAGAUAUUAUUUUAGAACAUUGUUACUUCUGCUUUGAUUGUUGUUUUGAGUGCAUUUCUAUAUAUUUUGAUUAUAAUUUAUGAUUAUAAUUGCAGAGAAAUAAGUAUUUUAUAUAUAUUUUUGUGUUACUUCAUUUUAUAUUGAAAGAAAAAUUAUAAUAUGGAAAUUAUAGCAAAUAAAAUAAUGUACUCAGUGGAUAUUUCACAAAAAUGCAUUAGUACAAAAUGCUUGUACUUAAUAUACUUGUGGUAUCUUUUUAUGCUUUCUUCUACCUUGAGAAGGGCCUGAGAAAAAGGUUAGUAAAGUACUUUUUUCAAAAUUCUAUCAUUAACUUCCAUUCAAAAAUAGGGUAUCUGUAGAUAUAAAAAAUUCAGAGAGGUCAAUUUUUAUUUUGAACAAAGAAGUUUUUCAUUCUAUAACUUCAACUCUCAGGCAAAAGUUGAACUGAGAAUAUAGAUUCAAUCAUAUUCUUUCAAAAUAAAACUAAUCUACUUUAUUCAUUAUAUCUCCAGUAUUAUCAUUCAUUUAAUUUUUUCUUGACUUCGUGUACAUUCACCUUCAUGUUGCUCAAAUUGUGCCUUCUUUUAUCUUUUAAUUUUGUGGCCUAUUUUAUUUUUAUUGAAAAUAUGUGAGAGUUGCUGUUUGUUGUUUGUGAUCAUUAGAUUUCAUAUUGAGAAAUGUACUUAAUGAUCCUUUAAAAUACAUACAUCCCUGAAUAAUAAGUAUUUUAUUGAUUUAUUUCAUUCACUAAUACUACAUUUAUGGUAGACUGGCUGAUUUGAAGAUAUCGAUCACAAAUUCAAAUUUUGAAAGGUUGAUGUUAAAGAUAUAGUCAUCAGUUCAGAGCGUAUUUUAUAAUGUACUAGUGCAUUAAAAUGUGUUUUUAACUGGAAAGGAUUAGUACUACCUAUUUAGAUUAAUACCGUUCAAUUUCCAGACUAUUGAAAUUUAAAAUACUAUUUUUUAUGUGAAUAAUAUUAUAUUGCCAAUGUUUCGAAAUGAAUUAAUGUACAUCAGUAAUUAUCAAUUUAAUAUAUAUAUAUGUAUAACUAUUGAAUAGACUUUAAUGGCAAAAAUUAAUAUAUUUGUACAAGGGAAAGGUGAUAUUUGUACAUAAAUAUUUAUUCAAAUUAAGGUAUGAAUAAAACAUACAAAUGAA